CAGGACAACACAGUCUUGAUGUGUGUUGGUGUAAUCAUAAUUUGGAGCCUGGUGUGUACAGUGAACGAUAUAAAAAAUUACAUUUUAUUUGUAUAUUAAUAAUGGUAUCAUUAUUUUUUUCUCAGCCGAUGACACCUGUGAUGUCGGGACUUGAGGAGCAGGAGAAAUUGCUCGAGGACGCUAUUGGAGUUGUCAAGGUCCAGGCCUUCCAAAUGAAGCAUUGCUUGGACAACGCCAAACUGAUGGAUGCUUUGAAACAUGCAUCUACAAUGCUCGGUGAACUGAGGACAUCUCUUUUGAGUCCCAAAAGUUACUACGAGUUGUACAUGGCGAUAACUGAUGAAUUGAGACAUUUAGAAUUAUAUUUACUGGAUCAGUAUCAAAAGGGAAAAAAAGUUACGGAUUUAUAUGAAUUAGUACAGUAUGCAGGAAAUAUUGUUCCUCGUUUAUAUUUACUUAUUACGGUUGGAUUAGUUUACAUAAAAACAAACCCGUGCUUAAAAAGAGAUUUGCUGCGAGAUUUAGUUGAAAUGUGUCGUGGAGUACAACAUCCACUACGUGGUUUAUUUUUACGUAAUUAUUUAUUACAAUGCACGCGUAAUAUACUGCCCGAUGUUGCUGAAGGAGAUGAUGAAGAAGGAACUGUCCGCGAUAGUAUUGAUUUUGUGUUGAUGAACUUUGCUGAAAUGAAUAAACUGUGGGUUCGUAUGCAACAUCAAGGUCACAGUCGCGAUAAAGAACGACGUGAACGUGAACGAGAAGAGUUAAAGAUUCUUGUUGGUACUAAUCUCGUGAGAUUAAGUCAACUAGAGUCAGUGACACUUGAGAUUUAUAAAAAACUUGUAUUGCCGGGAAUAUUGGAGCAAGUUGUUAGCUGUAGAGAUGCUAUUGCUCAAGAAUAUCUUAUGGAAUGUAUUAUUCAAGUAUUUCCAGAUGAAUUUCAUUUACAAACACUGAAUGCAUUUUUAAAAUCAUGCGGUGAAUUACGCAAUGGUGUUAAUGUUAAAAAUAUAAUAAUAUCGUUGAUCGAUCGUCUUGCGACAUUUAGUCAACGGUCUGAUGGUGUAGGAGGACCUGGUAGUCCAAGUCAAGCUCCAGGAAUUCCACAAGACGUCCAACUAUUUGACGUUUUCAGUGAUCAAGUUGCUACUAUUAUUCAGACCAGACAAGAUAUGCCGCCAGAGGAUAUUGUUUCACUACAAGUUGCAUUGAUAAACUUGGCCCAUAAAUGUUAUCCAGAUCGUGUCGAUUAUGUAGACAAAGUAUUAUUUACAACAGUACAAAUUUUCCAGAAGUUAAAUGUAGAAAAGUUGGAAUUCAACAGCGCUGUGUCAAGAGAGUUAUCUAGACUGAUGAAAAUCCCUGUUGACAAUUACAAAAAUAUAUUAACUGUUUUGAAAUUAGAAAAUUACGCGCCGUUACUUGAGUACUUUGAUUACGAAGGAAGAAAACUGUUGGCUGUCUAUAUAAUAACAAACAUAUUAGACAAUGAAACAUUGAUACCGACUCAAGAGCACGUGGACUCAGUUCUAUCAAUGAUUGCGCCACUGGUUCAAGACCAACCGGACCAGCCGAAUAUUGAAGAGGAUCCUGAAGAUUUUGCCGAAGAGCAGGGUCUUCUUGGACGUCUUAUUCAUCACUUUAAAUCUGAAACUGCUGAUCAACAAUAUUUGAUUUUGAGUGCAGCGAGAAAACACUUUAGCGCGGGUGGUAAUAAGAGGAUUAAAUAUACUCUUCCGGCAAUUGUUUUUCAGGCUUAUCAACUUGCUUUUACUUACAAAGCCAUACAAGAUCAAGAUGAAAUGUGGCAGAAAAAAUGUCAAAAAAUAUUUCAAUUCUGUCAUACAACAAUAUCUGCUCUGAUGAAAGCUGAACUUGCUGAAUUACCGCUACGAUUAUUCCUCCAAGGUGCUCUGGCUAUUGGAGAAAUACGUUUUGAUAAUUUUGAAAUGGUCGCUUAUGAGUUUAUGAGUCAAGCUUUCUCGAUAUAUGAAGACGAAAUAAGUGAUUCAAAAGCUCAAUUAGCUGCGAUAACAUUAAUAAUUGCCACGUUCGAACAAAUGAGCUGCUUCAGUGAAGAAAACGCUGAGCCAGUAAGAAACCAGUGUGCUCUUUACGCCAGUAAAUUAUUGCGGAAACCAGAUCAAUGUCGUGGAGUCGCUACAUGCUCUCAUAUAUUUUGGUCAGGAAAAUCUUUAGCAACCGGCGGAAAAGAGAUGCAAGACGGGAACAAAGUUCUAGAUUGUUUGAAAAAGGGGAUACGAAUUGCCAGUCAGUGUAUGGAUACUUCUGUCCAAGUACAACUUUACGUGGAAUUGCUCAAUCAUUAUAUUUAUUUUUAUGAAAAAGGAAAUUCGUCUGUGACUGUACAAAUUUUGAACCAAGUGAUAGCAAAAAUAAAAGAAGAAUUACCGAAUUUAGGAGUAAGUGAAGAGACGGAACAAAUUCAGAAACAUUUGGCAAACACUUUAGAACAUUUAAAAAAUAGAAUGAAGCUCUCAGAGUCUGAAGCACUCAUACAAGCAUACAACGACCUUGUUUUAUAAUUUUAAUUAUUUUUUAAAUUUUAAUCUAUAUGUGAUUUUGUAAAUAUACAA